GUGCUUGCUACCACCGUCACGGACAAUAUGGCUCAGAAAUGUGUUCACAAGGGGUGUGGCAAGGUGUUCGCGGACGCUGAUGAGUCGUGUGUUUACCAUCCUGGCCCGCCAAUAUUCCACGAGGGACAGAAAGGUUGGAAAUGCUGCAAAACCCGAGUCCUGACCUUUGACGAAUUUCUUGCCAUCCCGCCGUGUACGACCGGCAAACAUUCUACGGUUGACGAUACACCAGUUGAGCCAAAGAAUGAGACUGCUGGUAUCCCUGCAUCGACCCCUGCUGCAGAUGCUCCCGUUGGCACGACCAAACCCAUCGCUGUAUCAGCUGCGCUACCUUCCUCGCUGAGUGCAACCGGAGCUCACACACCUACACCCACGGGCACUCCCGCCCCGCCAGAGUCCGAGUCGGACGAUCCGUCGUUGGAGAUACAGCAGGGAGCAACAUGUCGUCGGAAAGGAUGCGGUAAGACGUACGGUGGGUCUGGAUCUAGGGAAGGAGAAGAAUGCAUUCACCAUUCCGGAUAUCCUGUUUUCCACGAGGGGAGCAAAGGGUGGAGCUGCUGUAAGAGGCGAGUGCUGGAAUUCGACGAGUUCCUGAAGAUGCCUGGUUGCAAGACGAAGAACCGCCAUUUGUUCAUUGGCAAGGGAAAGAAGUCUGCUGAAGAGAAGGUUAAUGAUGUGCGGGCCGACUAUUACCAAACCUCCUCGACAGUGAUCGCGUCAGUAUACCUCAAGAAGAUAGACAAAGAGGCUGCCAAAGUGGACUUUGUAUCGCCGACCACGAUUGAGCUUGACCUCCCCACCGCGGACAACAAACGGUACAAGGAGACCUGGACUCUAUUUGCACCAAUUGACACAGAGAAAUCGAGCUACAAGAUCAUGGGGACGAAACUUGAGUUCUCUCUUGCAAAGGCAAAUGGGGAGAGCUGGCAGACCUUGCGGAGUACCGACCCACGGACAGGCGAGAUCAUUCAAACCGGACGACCGACAAGGGCAUGAGAACACAAGUUUCGAGCAUGAGAGGGCGAAAAUAAUGGUACGAGUAACGAGGUGAACGAAUUGGUGAGGAAUAGUGGAAUAUAUCUGAACUUUUUUGUAUUGACAUUUAUAAUUUUUCUUUUUAUCGAACACACAAAAAUAAAAGUGUGAAAUUUUCACCACUUGAAAAUUCCAGCACCUCCAACUCCCCGAUCCUCUCUUCCAGUAGACAUAUCCUGCAUCAUGGAGAUGGCUCUGAAGAUGGAUGUAUCGUGUCCUCCACGACUAAGCCAACAGAGAAGUAUGAACGCUCAGCCAUAAAAGUAUGGGAAAAAGGACGACGAGAUCUCCUCUCCGAAGCCGGGAACGGAAGGAAACCCAUGGUGAGAUGGAGCAACCUUCAGCAAGCCGCCGUAGCGGUGCCUCGGGAUUGAAAUUUACAUGUAGUAAACCUCUACUGAUGUGAGGAAAGAAAGGAAGAAAAAGAGAGGAAGCGAAAAGCUGAAAUUUUGCAGUUUUAUAGCCCCGGCCGGGCGGAGAUCACAUGACUACUUACAUAAGUCAUGCUUACUAAAUACAAGCUGACUCAGGUUGAUUACCUAAUGGUUUUCACAUGCUCGGAAAACCACGCCGGUUGCGGCUAGU